AUGUCUGCUGCAGCAACCGAGAGAUUGCCGCUGCACUGCAGAACCGGUGACCAAAUUGACCGGCGCAUCUGCCGGGUUCUCUGCUCUGGAGCCAAAUUCCAGGAAAGAGUUGGGUUGCGGCAAGAACCUCUUCCACGGCUCGACGAAAGGAGGUGCUGGUUCCGGCAGUUCUUUAGCCUCACACUUCUCCGUGCUAAGCUUGGACAGUAUAAAGUGUGGAUCAUCGAAACAGCAGCUCCCCCUUUACUCUCUCACUCCAUCGACCGACCACGAUCCUUGCAUCCCUCUAAAGCGCACAGCGUCGUAGUUUUCCUCAUCAUGGCUCCAGUCGCAGACACCAAGUCCUCCUCCAUGGAGCUCUCCGCUCUCAAGGACAAUCUCACGCUCAUGGCAACUCACAAGAAGGAGCUCGAGCUCAUCAAAUCCGCUCCUGCCGCUCCUGGUCCGGGAAUGGCGCUUGUCCACGUUCGUGCCACGGGAGUCUGCGGAUCCGACGUCCACUUUUGGAAGCACGCCGGUCUGGGUCCUUGGAAGAUCGAAUCCCAGUGUGCGCUCGGUCACGAGUCCGGUGGAAUCGUCAUCGCCGUCGGUGAAGGCGUAGACAACGUCUCCCCUGGUGACCGUGUCGCCAUCGAACCCGGUGUUCCUUGCUUCAAAGCCACCUGCGACUUCUGCCGUACCGGCAAGUACAACCUCUGCCCCACGGUCGACUUCUACUCUGUGCCUCCGAAAGAUGGAACUCUGAAGAGGUACCACGAGCACCCAGCAGGGUGGUUGCACAAGGUUCCAGACAACAUGUCGUACGAAGAGAUCGCACUGCUCGAGCCUCUCAGCGUGACGUUGCAGGCUACGCUUCAGGCAGAGAUCUCCUUGGGUACUCCUGUGUUGAUCACCGGAGCUGGUCCCAUUGGAAUCGUUCAACUUCUCUGCGCUAGCGCAGCGGGUGCUACACCGAUCGUCAUCACCGACGUCGUCCAAGACCGUCUCGAUUUCGCACAGAAGAUCGUCCCCGGCACGUACACCUACCAAAUCGAUCCCAAAAAGUCUCCCCUCGAGAGCGCCACCGAGAUCUGCAAGGUCUUCUCCAAAGCCAGCGGCAAACACAUCGCCGAGGGCCAGAAGGACGUCCAACCUGCCAUCACGAUGGAAUGCACCGGCAUCGAGAGCUCCAUCCAAACCGCCGCCUACGCUACCGCCGCCAGCGGUCUCGUAUUCGUCAUCGGCGUAGGUGCAAACUUCCAACAGAUCCCCUUCAUGCAUCUCUCAACCAACGAGAUCACGCUCAAGUUCUUGUUCAGGUACAGAGAUACCUGGCCAAGGGCGAUUCGUCUGGUCAGCAGCGGCAAGAUCGAUGUGAAGCAGAUCGUGACCAGCAGGUUCCCCUUGGAAAAGGCCAAGGAGGCGGUGGAACAUGCGGCUGACAGGACAAAGUUCAGUGUAAAGACCAUCAUCUACGAUGAUGAAGAGUAA